ACAAUCCCAGGCCCAGCCAACCAAUCUCUAACGGCUCCACAGCCAACGAACCAAACCAAGAUUAUAGCCGUUAAAUCCCUCCAUCAACUGUGGAUUUCGCAAGCGCUCCCAACAUAUUCAGACAGAAGCGAGAGAAGUAAACCAAACAGAAAUUUAGCAACUUUCUUCUCCAAAUGGAUUCUUGUUAUCUGAAGAGGAAAAGACCUCCACAGAUUGAGAUCCCUAAUGUCCUCCGAGAAAUUAGUGCAGCAGAAGCUGACCUGACUUCCAAAGCCACUGCUCCCAUCACCCAAAACGACGCCGUGCGGUCCAGUGCUAAGGGGGUUGGCGUUUUCUCCCUCAAAGGCCGCAAGAAGUUAAUGGAGGAUUCUCACAAGAUUGUUUCUUUCCCACGCGCCAAAAAGGGAUUUUUUGGGGUGUAUGAUGGGCAUGGUGGGAGCAAAGCUGCUGAAUUUGUUACAGAGAAUUUGCAUUCCAAUAUUAUGGAAAAUUUGAAGACUUGUCGUGGUAGUAGUUCUGCCAAAGAAGAAGCCAUUAGAGCUGGGUAUUUGAAAACUGACAGCCAGUUCUUGGAAAUGGGAAUAUGUAGUGGUGUCUGCUGUGUGACUGCACUGAUUGAAGGAGAUGAGAUUAUAGUUUCCAACUUAGGGGACUGUAGAGCAGUUCUAUGUAGGGGUGGAUCAGCCGAAGUGCUCACGAAAGAUCAUAGAGCUGGACAGGAGGAUGAGAAGAAACGGAUAGAGGAUAACGGAGGCUAUGUUGAGAUUCAUAGAGGAGCAUGGAGAGUUCACGGUGUUCUUUCUGUUUCAAGAAGCAUUGGAGACUCUCACUUAAAGGACUGGGUAGUGGCUGAGCCCGAAACAAAGAGAAUGACAAUUACUUCAGACAUGCAAUAUCUUGUUUUAGCCUCAGAUGGACUUUGGGACAAGGUGGGGAACCAGGAAGCCAUAGAUGUGGUGAUGCAAUCAUGCCAGAAGGAAACUACGCCUUCGCAACCAAAAAAUGACAACUCAAAAGAAAAUGAAUUUGAGUUCAAUUGUAAAAGUACAAGCCCCUCACCAAAGUUGAAGAGAAUUUCGAUGGUGAAAUCAAACAAAGGAAGGGAACGUGAAUUUGGAAAUGAAAAUGAAAGUCCAGCAGCAGUAAAGUCUCUAAGAAUUUCAUUGGGUAAAUCGAGUAUCUGGAAAGAAACAGCAGACAGCGAUUUUAUCCGAGAGAAUGGGAGUCCAGUGAAGGCUCAGCGGACUUCAGUGGCGCAUUCAAGUAUAAGGGUAAGUAGCAGGUCUCCUUGUUCCAGGAGAAGUGAUGAUAGCUUGAAAGAAAAUGAAGAAAACAGUUAUUCUCUUGUGGCUGCUUGUCAAAGACUUGCAAACCUUGCAGUGACUAGGGGUAGUUGGGACGAUGUCACUGUGAUGAUAGUUGAUCUUGGUCACUUCAAAUAUUAACAUUAAACCUUGAACUUCUUUGAUGAUAAUUGUCUUUUGACUUGUAGUUCAGAUGUUUCCAUUUAAGCAACUCUAACUAAUUUUGACAUACACACGCAAUGAAUAGAUAUUUACAAAUAUAGUACAGGAGAGUCAUGACUCGAGGGUUUACACAAUAGUGUAUAACUCCCAUAAAGAUACUCCCCCU